UGCGUAGUUGUUGCUUUAAGUCGAACUGACCCUGAAUACAAAACCUAAGCAAUAAGUUUGACUUUGAAACAGUCAGUGGAGCAUGGGCUUGUGUUUCCCUCCUGUGAUUAUUAUUAUUAUUACAAGCUGAUAAAGCCCCAAAGUGCGUGUUCUGCGUGUUCAGUCACUUCUAUAGACGUGGGCCAUUUCCAGGGAAUAGGAUUUGAAAUCCUUCUCUCAGCAUUCUUAAUGGAGUCCUAUAAAGUCAGUGGCCUUCCAAAUACAAAUAGCUACACUCACCCUGCACGUGCAAGGAGCCAAAAUAACAGCAGCUAUGGCCUCAGUAUCAGGGUUCAAGGCAUAGACGGACACCCGUAUGUUGUUCUGAAUAAUCAAGACAGAGGACUCAACCCUUAUGCAGCCCCCAAAAGCAAUAACAAUGAUGCUGAAGGGUCCUUUAUCGAUAACUAUAAGGAAUAUAACUUCAGAGCACCCAGGGAAGAUCUCUCUGUUAACCCCUUUGCAGAAUUCCGAGCCCAGCAUCAGAUUCCAUAUGUCAAUAAUGAUCUCUCUGACUCCAGAGACACUCAGGCAAAUAAGCCGUCCACUCUGCUAAAUUUUCAGAAGCAUCCAGAAAUCCUUCAGCCCUACGACCCAGUGCGUAAUACCAUUGGUGACUUUCGAAACAUUUCACCUCAGCCUUUUUCUCUUGCUCAGAGUAGAAAUACAAAUCCAGACUCCCUGCCAAAAACAGAAAAAAUCUUUUCAGAUUCCAAAUCAUCCAAACCAGAGCUACCAAAAAGCACGGAUCCACCAGCACAGGACACAAGGAAAUGGGCUCAGCCACAGGUUCACCCUCAAACAUUUCCAUCUAGAGUCCAGCCUCAAAAGGAUUUAUCUAAAGGCCAAGCCCAGAAUCAGCCUCAAGCUAAACCUCAAGUCCAAACACAACCAGCAUUUAAACCUCAAUCUCAGUCCCAAGGUCAACCACAGUCCACAUUCCAAGGUCCGUCCCAGGUAUCCCAGCAUGCCCAAAGGCUUCCAGUUCCUCAGGUAUCUUCCAGCACCAGUGUUCCCAGUGAGCCGUCCUCCUACAGGACUCCAAGUACGACAAGCAGCACAAACUCCAGUCUGGAGCGAAGGCACAGAGAGCCAGACAUACUUCCCUUACGAAGAACUGACUCCAGCGGCCCUGUGCUUCAGUUAUCACGCUCACGUAAUUCUUCCAUGUCCUCUACCACCCCUACCAAGGAGGAACAGUUAGAGGCACUAUAUGGGGACAGCAUCAAUCGCCAUGAAAAUCGCCGCUAUAUACCUUUCCUGCCUGGAACGGGUAGAGAUAUUGACACAGGCUCCAUUCCAGGCGUAGAUGAGCUUAUUAGUAAGUUUGAUGGCAAAGGAAGCCAGAGGCGUGGACGCACUGGGCGGAGGAAUCGUAUUAACCUAGAAGACCGCAAACGUUCUCGUAGUGUGGAUAGUGCCUUGCCUUUUGGCCUGCAAGGUGAUGCAGAGUACCUGGAUGAGGUGGGCCGAAAUCGAGGAAGGUCCACCGAGCAUCUGCUCAGGCCGUCACAACUUGUGCAGAAGUCCCCCUUUUCCUCCAUUGGACGGAGGACGGCCUACAGAGAUGUGGCACGGAUCAGCAGUGAACCGGGCUCUCCACAGGGAGCAAUGCCCAGUGUAACCGAUUCCAUCUUAUUCUACAAGAAACCGCUGAGCCGGCCCUCCAUUCUGCCUGUGGAGAACAAAGGAACAGAGGUCAAGAAAAUAACGCAAAGCACUAAGACUGUGACCAGUGUGGCUACAACAUCAUUGUCCAGAGCCGUUCCAAACCACAGUAAGAAGCCAAAUGAAAUGGUUGCUGAGACAACACCUGAUCUUCUGAAAGGCCAACAAGAGCUGUCACAACAAACACAUGAAGAGACUGCAAAGCAGAUUUUAUUUAAUUACCUCAAAGACGGGAGCAACGACAGUGACGACACCACCAAGAGGAAGGUCAACCUAGUGUUUGAAAAAAUUCAGACGUUGAAGUCACGGGCUACAGGAAGCGUGCAAGGGGACAACAGAUCUCCAGACCUUUCAGUGCAGGCUAAAGCCCUGCAGGAGCAGAGGGCAGAACUGGAAAAAGAGGUCGCAAAUCUGAAAAAGCAACUGGAGGAUGAAAACAAGAAAAAGAAGGGACUGAGUGAACAACAGGAAAAGGCUGGAGCUGGCAUCAAGAAACUGCAGAAAGAGCUGGAAUUUAAUCAGGCUGAAUGUGACAAACUGCAGGACAAGCUGUCCAAAGCGGAGGCUGAUCUACGCACCACCCUGGAAGAGCUUUUCCAGGUGAAGAUGGAGAGAGAACAGUAUCAGACAGAGAUCAGGGACCUACAGGAUCAGCUCUCAGAGAUGCAUGAUGAGCUGGAUGGAGCCCAACGCUUGCAAUUAGACAGUGCUGAGAAGGAGGACCUCAUAAGGUUGAAGUUGGAUCUACAGGAAGCAUUGAUGGUGAAGGAGGAGCAGGAGGAUUUGCUGAGGAGGCGCGAGAGGGAGCUGACCGCUCUAAAGGGGGCACUAAAAGAGGAGGUGUCCACUCAUGACCUGGAGGUGGAUAAACUAAGGGAGCAAUAUGACAAGGAGAUUCAUAAACUGCAGGCAUCUUUGGUGGAAGUUAAGCAGAGUAAUGCAGCGGUGUCUAAAGAGAAAUCAGAUGUGGAGGCUGCGAAAGGGGCGGCAGAGGGCCAGGCAGGGCGGCUUUCUCAGGAGGUUGAGAGGCUGAGGAAGAGAGUGCAAGAGCUGGAGAAUGAGGUGGCCAAGCUCAACCGCAUCAUUGACGAGGCCAAGCUGUUGGAGAGCAAGCUAGAUGAGAAAGCCAGACGUCUGGAGAAAGAGAAGAGGCAAGUUGAAGAGUCUCUCAAUGAGGUCAAGGAAGAAGAAGAAGAAAUGAGCCGUGCAAAUCGAGCUCUUACGGCACGACUGGAAGACGUGCAGAGAAAUUUGACCAAACUGACCCAGGAACACAGAGAGCUGGAGGAACGUCUGAAGGACGAAAGGAGUCAGAAAGAGCAGUUUAAAAACACAAAGAAUGAGAUUGAGGAGGAGAGGAGACUGCUAGACAGGACUGUGGAAAAGCUGCAGAGGGAGAUGUGUGAGAUCGUAGAGGCGUCUCAGAGCUCCACGCAGGAGUUGCAGGAGCAGAUCGACACCUACAAGGAGAAAAACAGGAGGGAGCUGGCCGAGCUCCAGAGGCAGCUGCGAGAUGGAGGUCUGGAGCUUGAGAAAUCUCGAAUCACUGCCAAGUCUCUGCAGGAGAAGGUUGGUCAGUUGGAAGAAGACCUGCGGUUCUGUAAGAGAGAGAGAGACGAGGCAGAAGAGCGAACGAAAGCUUUGCAACAGAAAGUCUUUGCACUAGAAGUGGAUGCAGACACUAAAGUGCAGAAUAACGACAAAGCCAGACAAAUCAAAUUGUUAGAGGAGCAGGUAUCUCAUCUGGAGAUGGAACUGGAUGAGGAAAGACAGAAUGGUGACCUGCUGAUGGACAGAAUAGAUCGAGGCAGAGAACAGAUGGAGCAGUUGAGGAGUGACCUGCUGCAGGAGAGAGCCAGCAAACAAGACCUGGAGUGUGAUAAGAUUGCCUUGGACAGACAGAAUAAGGACCUGAAGAGCAGAAUAUCUCAUCUGGAAAACUCCCAGAAGUCUAGUAAAGAGGGGCUAGUGGCCCAGCUGGAGAGCCGUAUCCAGGAGCUAGAGGAGAGACUGGAAGCAGAAGAAAGGGACCGUGCAAACCUGCAGCUGGUGAACCGUCGGCUGGAGCGUAAAGUGAAGGAGAUGGUGAUGCAGAUGGAUGAAGAGCAGCAUUCGCUACAGGAUCAGAAAGACCAGCUGAACCUGCGUCUGAAGGCUCUGAAGAGGCAGAUGGACGAGGCAGAGGAAGAGAUUGACCGAUUGGAGCACAGCAAGAAGAAACUACAGAGGGACCUGGAGGAGCAGCAGGAGGCCAACGAGCAGCUCCAGAAUCAGCUCAAAGCAUUACGCAGUGAGAUAAGACGAAAGAGCAGCUCAGCUCAACUUAUUAACAACAUGCAUGAUGACGAUGAUGAUGAUGACGACGACGACAUCAGCACUGACGGAGAGACCUACUUCAGCUCGGCAUCAGGGUAUAAACGCUCCAGCAGUCAGGACAUCAUUAACACGUUGUCUCUAUGAGGAUUGAGGAUGUUUAUUUUACACUAUCUGUGCUUAACGUAAUGUAUUUGAAGUGCAUUUAUAAACGAUCAAACUACUUCAUAUUAAAGCUGUGCCUAUUGAUGCAAGUCGUGUUGGAUGAUAUGAUGAUGAUGAUGAUGAUGAUGAUGAUUUAAGGUGUGAAAUUCUGUAAUUUAUUAAUCAGCGGGAAUAUGAAGUAAUGGAAUAUGAAAGGGCAGUAAAUACCACUGAACUGUUUAAGAGUUCUAUUACUCGUGUUUUUUAUAUAAAAGUCCAUCCAACAGACGGUUCCUUGUUCUUAAACAAAACAUCUUUGUUUUAUGUUUUUUGGAAGGAGUUUUAAUGUUACCCCUCUCUCUCUCUCUCUCUCUCUCUCUCUCUCUCUCUCUCUCUCUCUCUCUCUCUCUCUCUUCCCCCCAAAAGAAACUUAUGCUGCUCUGUGUUUUUUUUUAUUGCUUGCGCAGUUUCUUAUUAAUGAUAUGUUAACCUCUCCACAGCUCUGUGCUCCACUGCACUCUCAUGCAAAAUGUAAAAUAAUAAAAGCCCAUGAUGUGAAGUGAGGUUUCAUCAUAGUGUGUUAUGAAGCAGGAAGCAGAUUUGUUAGUGAGGGUAAAAAAAAAAAACAGUAUUAGGACUGCAAUAUAAACAUUUGACUCCUAUCUCACACAGUGUUUUUCAUGUUUGGUAUCUUUUGCAUUUAUCUGUAUCUGUGGGAGCUUAAAUUCUGCAUUUGUGUUAAAGCAGUGGAUAUGUUUAA